CUGUCGAUGGGCAUGAGCUGGGCCUGGCGUGGUGUUCUUCUUUACCUUGCUCUUUUUCUAAUUCAUUUUCCGUUUGUCCUGCCUAAAUUUUUUCCGUUGCUUAUUAAUGACCAAAACCUACUUCUCUAUAAUCUCAAACCUGUGCAAUUUAGAGACGGAUCAACUGUGCGAAUCAUCGGUGAAGUUGUAUCUUUCAGUCAAGGACCAAGAUUUGCUUGUGGCUUCUUCUGUAAUCAAUCCAGUGACCGUUAUCUAUUAUCCAUCUUCAUUCUGUUUUACAAAGACUUCGAGAUUCAGGAUACCAUUGGUCCACAAGUAGUAUGGUCUGCCAACCAAACCAAUCCGGUUAGUAUUAAUGCGACAGUCUUUUCCAGUUCAGAUGAAGGUUUGGUGGUACAAGAAGCUGAUGGAACUAUAGUCUGGGCGACGAACAUCAAUAGCGAAUAUAUUUCAGCCUUAAACUUAACGGACACGGGCAACCUCCAGCUGUUAGGUGAAAAUGCUUCAACAGUUUGGCAAUCUUUUGAUCACCCAUCCGACUCGCUGCUUCUUGGGCAAAAGUUGUCGGUAGGGCAGAAACUCUCCUCUGCUGCUUCUGCCACAUAUCAGAUUGAAAGGGGAUUGUUUUCCCUCUCUCUCGAUAUUGAUGGGUUGUUUGCUUUCAGGCAAUCUAAUGAAGGACCGGAGCGAUAUUAUCAUCAUGAUUCAUUUAGCACCAGUUAUGUUCAAUUUAUGAAUGGAAGCUUUUCUUUCUUCACAGUUGAUGAUAAAUUAUUUGGGCCUCAUAAAGAUUUUCUCAUUCCUUCAGCAUUAUCAUCAUGGCAGUACAUGAGAUUUGAGUCUGAUGGACACUUGAGAGUGUAUGAAUGGAAACAACAGAGUUUAGAGUGGAAGGAAGUGGCUGAUCUUCUCACGGCAGAUAUUGGUAACUGUGGUUACCCUACGGUUUGCGACGGUUAUGGUAUUUGCACGAACGGCAAGUGUAGUUGUCCUGAACCCAAAAAUGAUAAAAGAUAUUUUAAGCAAAUCAAUGACAGUCAGCCUGGCCGUGGAUGCUCACUAGUUACUCCCUUGUCUUGUGAAGCUUCCCUAAAUCAAAACUUUUUAGAAAACUUUUUAGAGCUCAAGAACAUCACCUCCGUGACUUUUAGACAAGACCUCGUAGUAGAUUCAGAGAGUUGUAAAGAGGCAUGCUUAAAAAAUUGUUUGUGCAAAGCUGCCAUUUUCCAGAAGUACACUUGGAGUUCCUUUGUUGGGGACUGCUACUUACCAUCCCAGAAUUUUUCACUGAAGCACGCUGAGGUGAAUGAUAGUUAUACCAGUACAACAUACAUCAAGGUGCAGAAUGUCCCAAGAGCUGUUCCUUCUCCAGAGCAGAAAAACCAUGGAAAGAAAAUAAAUCAUUUUAUAAUAAUAGUGGGAUCCGGCGUUGCAUCUUUGUUUGGUCUGUUUAUUUUGAUUGGAAUCUUCUUUCAUUUGUUUUGGAAGAAUAAAGAUUAUGAUGAAACUGAGGAGUAUUAUUUAGAUCAUGUACCAGGAAUGCCCACAAGAUACUCUUUUACAGAUUUGCAAGUAAUGACAGAAAAUUUCAAGAAGAACAUUGGGGGAGGUGGAUUUGGCACAGUUUUUGAAGGCACUCUAAUUGAUGGCACUAAAGUUGCUGUGAAGCGUCUACAUGGCAUCAAUCAAAUCAAAAAGUCAUUUUUAGCCGAGGUUGAGACAAUUGGCAGCAUUCAUCAUUUCAACUUGGUAAAAUUGAUUGGAUUUUGUGCUCAAAGCUCUCAUCGACUUCUUGUUUACCUGUACAUGUCUAAUGGGUCUUUGGAUAAAUGGAUUUUCCACAAAACUGAUGGGUUUACUCUGGAUUGGCAUAAGAGGAAGAAGAUCAUUCUUGACAUAGCAAAGGGACUCACUUAUCUCCAUGAAGAUUGCAGUAAAAAAAUUGCUCACUUAGACGUCAAACCUGAGAAUAUCCUCUUAGAUGAGAAUUUUAAUGCAAAAGUUGCUGAUUUUGGUUUGUCUAAAUUGAUUGAUCGAGACCAGAGCCAAGUUGUAACAAUCAUGAGAGGAACUCCUGGCUAUUUGGCUCCAGAAUGGUUGAGCUCGGUAAUAACGGAGAAAGUAGAUGUCUAUAGCUUUGGAGUUGUGCUAUUGGAAAUAUUGUGUGGACGGAGACAUUUUGAUCGAUCUCAGCCUGAGGCAGCAAUGCAUUUACUAGGAUUUUUCAAGGAAAAGUUACAAAAGAAGCAACUUUGGGAUUUGGUUGAUAAAUACAGUGAAGAUAUGCAAUUACAUGGAGCAGAAGUUGUGGAUAUGAUGAAGGUUGCUGCUUGGUGUUUGCAAAGUGAUUUUACAAAGAGGCCUUCCAUGUCAGUGGUUGUUAAGGUUUUAGAGGGUGUUGUGGAUGUUGAAGAAAACAUAGAGUAUAAUUUCUGCAAUCCACCUAUUUCAAACCCAAGAGCAAGAGUCAUGUAUCAUGAAGUAAAUGUUGGUAGUGCCACUGCUUUAUUGGAUUCAGUUUUAUCAGGACCACGGUGACAAUUGGCAAAAACAUUUAUCUUUGUUGCAUGAUGAGUAAGCUAAUCUGUUUUGUAAUAAAUUUGUUCCAGUAGUGAUUGAAUUUCCAAGUUUCCAAAUUGUGGGAGCAGGUUUGAACCCAAAGUAUGGCAAUCGGAACUGACUGCUCUUAUCUUUGACAUAUUUGUCACUUAAUUUAUAUGAUUUUGCAACAAAUAUGUGUACGACAUACAU